AUGGAGAUCUCAGGUGUUAUAGCCCGUCAGCCACCCUGUUUCUCUGGCGGUGGACUUGGCGAUCCUCAGACUCGCUGCGAAGUUUCGAUGAGACCCAGAAGAAUUUUAAAUGGAUUUGGGGUUGUAAACAAGGAUCAUACAGGAUUUAGAGAUAAAGGGCAUUUGAAGUAUUACUAUGGAUCGGAAGGAUUAACAGUGAGGUGCGGAGGGAAAAAGAAAGACAAAGAAACAUCAAGUAAGAAGAAGUUGAAAUUGCUGAGAGAAUUGUCUAGGGACUUGUCUGUUCCUCAUAAUGGUUUGGUCGGUGAUGUUCAGGCCAGCCUCAUCUCUGAAGCAACACAAGUACUGAUGAAACAGUUACAGCAGUUAAGAGCUGAGGAGAAAGAGUUAAAGAGGAAGAAGAAAGAAGAGAAGGCCAAGCUGAAAGCUGCAAAGAUGAAAACCAUGCUUGACUGUGAAUCAUCAUCAUCGUCUGAAUCAAGCGAUAGCGAAUGUGGGAAGGUGAUUGACAUGAACCGUUUGAGAAAGGAAGCAGUUGCAGAGCCGGAGAUUGGUGAAUUGCAACCAGUUGCUGAAGCUGAGCCAACUUCAAUCCUCCCGUCCUUGCUGACCCAAGAAUCGAAUACUACAGAGAUAAAUGGGUUUCAUGAUCGCGUUUUAGGAAUUCUUGGAGGUCAAAGCACCGGUUGUAUCAACACUGUUAGGGUUAGUUGUAAUGAAACAAGUUCCUCAAUGACAGCAGGAACAUCUGCCAAGAAAAUUGAGGUUUGCAUGGGUAAUAAGUGCAAAAAGUCAGGAGGUGUAGCAUUGCUUGAAGAAUUUGAUAGGACAGUUGGUAUAGAGGGUGCUGUUGUUGGAUGCAAGUGUAUGGGAAAGUGCAGGGAUGGUCCUAAUGUGAGGUUGUUGAACUCUGGUUCUGUGGGAGUGGAUGAUUCUAUAAGGACUCCGGCUAAUCCUCUCUGCGUUGGCGUUGGUUUAGAUGAUGUUGAUGUUAUCGUGGCCAAUUUCUUUGGGAAAGAGUUGAGUGUUGCUCCUGCAACUUAG